GAAGAAAUGUCGAAGCUGUCCUAAAGAAAUAGAUCUAGAAUCUAGAUGACAAAACUCUGUAGACUAUAGAUUUCGAGGAUAGAAAAUGUCCUGCUAGCAAUGUUUAGCAUCAUGCUCCUGGCCCUGCAAGUGUUAUUGAGUUGACGAACUGAAACCAAGACAUUAGAUUAUUAAGGAAUAAUAGCGUAUUCAACUGUGUCUUUGAGAUAUUUUGCAGGCGCCCGCGGUAACCUAGCCGCCUGGACGCCAGCAGAGAAGCGCACUACGACUAGUGACUGGUAUGGUUGGAGAUGAUCGACAUCGUGAUCGUGCAGCGUAUCGUCUGUAAAGUUUCACUUGUAAACAGCGUCUGGCAUAUAGACGGACUGAAACCAGAGAAGCAAAUAUGCAAGUUUGUCCAAAGUGUACCCGUUUUCUUGCGAGAGAGCAAAGGAGAAGAAUUUUCAGCCUGGAUGCCCAGCGUACCCUGUGGAUGCGGGAAGUGAGGCUUUCUGGGUCUGGUGGUCAAGAUGUCUUGAAGAAGGAGGCUAAUAAUCCACUGUUUGCAGCCAAUAAAUAUGUCCAGCAUCCCAUCUUCGAGGACAAAGACAUGAUAUUUAGACCGACGGAGACCGAGGUUCAAGAGGCAGGCAUGCUCUUUGAAAAUGGCAGGACGCACAAAGUACAGUUUGCAAAGGCAGCUUACUACCCAGAACAAGCCCCAGACUACAAUCUUCCAGAGAUUGCUAUGAUUGGUCGUAGCAACGUGGGCAAGUCCUCCUUGAUCAAGGCUCUCUUCUCAAAUGUACCUGGCCUGACUGUCAGGACAUCAAAAACUCCAGGACACACAAAGCUUCUGUUAUUCUACCAAGCUGGUUCAGCGUUCAGUCUGGUUGACCUUCCAGGCUAUGGGUUCAGGCAGCCGGAAAACUUUGCAGUUACGGCUGAAGGCUACUUGAGGACCAGGAAAAACUUGCAGAUGCCUUUUCUCUUAAUUGAUAUACACGACGGCUUCCAACCGAUGGAUUUUACAGCAAUCAAGAUGCUUGAAGAUUUCUCCCGACCAUAUUCAUUGAUCGUCACCAAGGUGGACAAGGUAUCACCGAGGAAGCUUGUUACAUCUCUCCUGUCAAUCCGCGAUAUCCUACAAACCAAGACCACUACCUGUCUACCACAACCAUUCCUCGUCAGUGCUACAAAGAUGAAGGGGAUAGCUUUUCUGCGGAGUUACAUAGCGCAUCUUACAGGGAGUGUCAGGGUAUCGAACAGAUGACACCAGCCAUAACUACAAAUUAUUCUAUGACUAUACACUAGGUAUUGUACAAUCAACAACCUGUGCUCAUCCAUGCAAUGUACGCAACUUCAUUGCCGCAGCAGCUGAAUUCACUCAUUGUCAUAGGCUUUGAAAUCUUCCCUUAUAUUUCAUAGUGCAAAAUUAUUUAGUAAAAACUUUGUUUUGGUGGGGAAAAAAUUAAAAUGGACAUCUUACCUCCAACUUCAUCAAAACUUGAAUGCAAGUUAAAAUGAAGUUAAAUGGACUUAAUUACCACACAGUAAAUGAAACUACAUUUCCUUUGAAGGAAUGUUUCACUGCUUGUGUUUGACAUUGCUGCCCACAAAAACAAGACUAAUUUUGCAGCAUAUACAUGUUAUACAUGAUAAUGCUCAGUACAUGAAAAUGUAGAACCUGCCUUAGUUGCAUGCAGUUUGGUUCAUGAUUCAUGACAGGCAAUAGAAAUAGACAAAGAAAACAAUAGAAGAAUGUCAUUGUGAAAGGAAGAGAAGUGUGCUCUCACAUUUCAAUUGCACUUCCUCGGACAAAUAUAGACUGCCAUAAAUGGUCUACAUGUAUGUUGACGUUUUAUUUCCUGGUAUGUGUUGAAAAUGAAAUAAAUUAACCAUGAGAUCAUU